CCUAGCUUCAGACACAGAACAACUCCUCAUCCAAGAGAGAGCUACAAGAGCAGCAGCAGCUCUACUACUGAAGCUAAACUCUAGCUUUAACCAAGAGAACUACGAGAACUUAACUGAGAGAGAACCAAAGAAACAGAAACUUCUUAACAACGAGAUCGACUCGAUCAGACGACAAGCUCCCUGACUACUCGCAAGAGACUAAGGAAGACUUUUGAAGAGCCUGAAGACUUAUUUUUGUCUAACAUACUCUGAGAAAACCCCAGAAGAAAAGCAAAAUGUCUGCUGGAAUGAACAUGAGGCUGAUGUCUUUCUUCUGUCUCACUCUCUCCUACCUGGCUGUGGCUCAGGAGUGCAGUGGGCAGUGUAGUUGUCCUGAUGUGCACCCCCAGUGUCCCCCUGGUGUGAGCCUGGUGCCCGAUGCCUGCGGCUGCUGCAGGGUGUGUGCCAAGCAGAUGGGCGAGCUUUGCACAGACAGGGACAUGUGCGACCCCCACAAAGGGCUCUUCUGUGACUUCGGCUCCCCCGUCAACCGCCGCAUAGGAGUCUGCACAGCUAAGGGUGGUGCCACCUGUGUGAUGGGUGGGAUGGUGUACAGGAGUGGAGAGUCCUUCCAGAGCAGCUGUAAAUACCAGUGCACGUGCCUGGACGGUGCCGUGGGCUGUAUCCCCCUGUGCAGCAUGGACAUUCGCCUGCCCAGCCCUGACUGCCCCAUGCCCCGCCGCGUCAAAGUGCCCGGGAAGUGCUGCGAGGAGUGGGUGUGCGAUGCCCCCCAAAACACAAACAUCUUUGUGGGCUCUGCUCUCGCUGCUUACAGAGAGGAGGAGACCUACGGGCCUGACCCCUCCAUGAUGAGAGAGAACUGCCUGGUCCAGACCACUGAGUGGAGCGCCUGCUCAAAGACCUGCGGCCUGGGCAUCUCUACCAAAGUAACCAACGACAACCGCGAGUGCCGCCUGGAGAAACAGUCCCGUCUGUGCAUGGUCAGACCCUGCGAAUCCCACAUGGAGCAGAGCAUUAGGAAGGGAAAGAAAUGCAUCCGCACGCCAAGAGUGUCCAAGCCCAUGAAGUUUGAGAUCUCUGGCUGCACCACCACCAAGUCCUACCGCCCCAAGUUCUGCGGCGUGUGCACCGACGGUCGCUGCUGCACCCCCCACAGAACCACCACCCUGCCCAUGGAGUUCAAGUGCCACGACGGCCAAGUCAUGAAGAAGCAGAUGAUGUUCAUCAAGACCUGCGCGUGCCACUACAACUGCCCCGGCGAGAACGACAUCUUUGAGUCCAUGUACUACAAGAAGAUGCUGGGAGACAUGGCGUGAACAAUUACGUCACCUAACAGCAAAAACAACCAAUGACUCUUAACUUGAACCGAACAGAUAUCCAUCUCAUCUCGCAGCACAGCAUUUGUUUGUCUUUUGGUUUGUAAUUUUCAAAUUGUGUAUUUUGUACAAGGACAGAAACAUAUAUGCGUAUAUUCAAUGUAUAUGUAUGAGUGUAUUGAUGGAUGUUUAGGGCCACUUGCCCUAAAGAGGGGGCGAAAGACAGGGGGCUGCUCUGCUGCCCGAAAUAGAAUACUUACUGCACUAUAGUUCUACUAUGUGACAACCUAUGUUGUUGUCACUAAUUGGCUGAUGCCAUAUUCCCCUCCCCCGAAACUGUGGCGGGCACCUAAUUAACUGGGCUGUGUCCAACCGCUAAGCACUUGCAGUAACGAAGGGUGAAGACUUUCAACCCCAGUACAGAAACUUAAAUCCUUAACCCACCAGAGUACUAGUUGAACGUACCCUUGUGUAUAGCUCACUGUUUUGCAGAUCCUAACUGUUGCAGUACUAACGACAGGUCAUGGUUUAGCCCAUGCUGAAAAACAGCCGUCCUUCCAGACAAGGAGCGUAGUGUGCAUGCUUUGAGGGCAUGCCACAGCACUGAGAAAAGAGGUAUUUGACUUUGACUGAUUGAUUCAGGUUGCAAGGAAGGAAUCAGUAUUUUGUCAAAAAAAAAAAGAGACUGGAUGAUUUGUAGCUUCAUUCCUUUUUAUAUGUAUUAUUGAUGCUGUAAAUAUUGUACAUAUUAUUGUACAGUUGUUUAAGUUAAUUUAAAGUUUUAAAAAGUUUGUUUUGUUUUUCUCUUCCUUCAACAUGUUUAUCGAUAGCUUAUUUGCUGGGUUUGACUGUUCCUGUGACAGUUUUGUGUACUAUUUUAUUGAGAAGUGUGACAAAAGUUACAUGUUUUCACUUUUGUAGUUUGGAAUAAAAUAUAUUUUUUAUAUAAA